AUGUUCAGCCAAAGGCAGCAAAUCAGGCAGCAGGUCAGGAGCCGAAGACGCAGAACACGCCACACCACUGCCUCCAACAUUCCUUCCACCACGGGCAACAAGUUUGAGUGUGCUGUGACGCGCACGGAGGGCACUCUGGACAAAGCAGGCAUGGAACUGGUUGAUGUGGUUGCUGUGCCGGGUGACGGAGGCAAGGACUGCGGCGACAGCGACGCCACCGAUCCAGUGCCCCCCAGCUUGCCUUCUCCAAACUCAGGAGGCCAGCUUGGAAGAGGGAAAGGAGGAACUCGGACCACCUGUCCUCCAACCAAAUGGAGCGAGCUGUUAAAACCGGAAGUGAGAGAAAGUGACACAUUGCACACGGAAGAGCAGCAGCACACAGACAAUGAGCAGCACGUGGAUGAGAAGCAGCACACGGAGGAGUGGAAGCUUGGGAGAAGGAAGGUGAUGGACCAAAGGAAAGGAAAAAGUCAUUGUGGACAGAGUUGUAGAACAGCACCAGGGAUGCUGGAGAAGCUUUGUGGGAUGUGUUUCCACCGCUAUUCAAACCUCAGGCAUCACCUCCGCAUUACCCACUAUGUGCCCAACAAGGAGGAGUUGGCGCUCCUGAUAAAGUGGGGCAAUGCCAGGACAACCUCCAAGCUCCAGUGCCCGAUCUGCAAAAAGGGCAACAUGUGCCGGCUGGACAAGCACUUGGAGGCCUUCCAUCACAUCCCCUUAGCUGACAAGAGGGCCCGGUUUGUGGUGAGAGCGUACGGGUGGCGCCUGUCCCCAUGA